AUGCCCGCAUCUCUCGUCAGCUCCACCCUCGCCGUCGCCGCCAUUGCAGCCGGCGCGCUCGUCUCCAAUGCCGGGCUCGCCUCGGCCGCUCCCGCCGGCUGCCAGAUCAUCGGCACCGCCCCCAUCGGCUUCAACGUCGACAGCACCCGAGUGACGAUCUACACCGACAAGUACCCCGCCGUCUUUGCCACGUUCCAGGGCCACCGCACCGCCGACGGAUUCCAGUACCUGCAGCCCAGCAACGAGCCAGAACUCUUCGACUUUGUCAGCUGCCAGACGACCAUCCCCGAGGGCUACGGCAAGGGCUCUUCGCUCGUGCAGAGCGGGUACAUCGCCUCCCGCAAGGCGCCCGGCUAUUGCCUGACUGCCACCUCGCUGACCGGCAAUGACGAGCGGAUCGUUUCGAAGCCCUGCAACUUCAUCGACGGCGCGCCCUCGAAGCACUCGUCCUUCCAGUUCAGCUUGAACAGCUUCUUCAACUACCACGUCAUCGACUUCCUCGGAAAGGCCACGCCCGGUCCCGCACCCUCGGGCACCGACACCUACGGCUUCCCCUUUGGCAAGAGCGGAAGCGGCUACCGCUACACGAUCCAGGGCAACCCGGGCGAGGCCGACUCGUUCCUGCGCCUCAGCUACGACCCUCAGAGCCCCAACCCCGGCACCGUCGCUGACCUGGCGUUCAACAAGGCCUGGACUGGCAACAUUGACGCCCAGCCGCAGUGA